AUGUAAAACAUUUUUUUUAUUUAGAGAUAGUGAAAUUUUAAAUCCAAUGAUUAUCAAAAUGCAUUUUGGGUAACAGCAAGCUUUAUGAUCCAGUUCUUAUAUUAAAUUCAUUGUGCAAUGAAUAAACUACCCUAAUGUGGUGGUGGCUUCUGCAGCUUAUCUUGUGAUAAAUAGUUUAACAUUCAAAGAUAUGAAUCCACCUCAUAUAUAUAUAUAUAUAUAUAUCAUAUAUGAGUACUAAGGAUUGCAAAUAUUUUCUAUACUAUGGUCAUAAAAAAAAAUGGCAGCUGGACUUAGUGCUUAUAGAGAUCAACACUUUAAAGGAACGCGCGCAGAUUUAGAAAAAAAAUUAGAAACAAGUACAACUUUAUAUGUCGGUAAUCUUUCGUUUUAUACAUCAGAAGAACAAAUUUAUGAACUAUUCUCUAAAAGCGGCGACAUCAAACGCAUAAUUAUGGGACUAGAUAGAAUUAAAAAGACACCUUGUGGAUUUUGUUUUGUAGAAUAUUAUUUCCGUGAAGGUGCUGAAAAUGCUAUCAGAUAUAUUAAUGGAACAAGAUUAGAAGAUCGGAUUGUUCGAAGUGAUUGGGAUGCAGGAUUUGAAGAAGGUCGUCAAUAUGGUCGAGGCAGAAGUGGGGGGCAAGUGAGAGAUGAAUACAGAAAUGACUAUGAUCCUGGUAGAGGAGGAUACGGUAAGCUUGCACAGGAACGUAACCGAGCAGAUGAUAGCUUUGAUGCGGAAAGUUACAGUGAUAUGAAAUAAAGUACAUUUUGAUUGUAGUGAUUUUAAAAUUAAAAAUAAAAAGAUGGACAUGUAAGUUGUAAAGGUUUUUAAAAAACUAAAUUUUUAAUCUA